AUGCUCCAGGAAGUGAAAGACAAAUUUUACGGUGGCCCAUUCCGCAAAGGCCGUCUUCAUGUCUACCCAUUUGAAUUGGUGAUCGCUGUGACGAGUAACGCGCCGAUGAGUGAUCCCGGAAAUCUACAGAGAGUCAGUCCAGAAGAGCCCGAACACGCUUUUCUCCUUUGGAUAGCUGAGCUCCUGGACACCGGCGUGACCGACAAUGACCGGCUCCAGAUCAAACGUUUGCUGCUGUCCAUGCCUUUGAAGUUUGUUGUGCUGGCCUCAGAAGAGGCCAGAUAUUUUCACCAGGCAAACAUGAGAGAGCAGAUCGCCAUGCGGCACGAGAUAGAGUCCCGGACAGCCGUCCAGAAAAUUUACGAAUUCCAGAUGCUGCGAACGAAGAAGAACUGGAAGGCAAAGGAUAUUGCCGACCGGUACACGAAAGAGGUGGAGCAAGCCCCGCGGCCACAGGCUGAACAGGUCAGCCUGAAGUACAUCGAGAAUUGUUUCCAUAUUUGGGAUGCUCUUUUCACCAUUCCAGACGUCCAGGCCGUGAUCCUCGACAUGGAGAGAAGACAUGGUAUGAAAAGCCCUUUCCAUUUCAUGUCCCAGCUCCUUGCACUUGAGAUGAAAUGCAAGUCAGCUGAAACAGCUUUUUGGGCCGUCAGCUUCAUGCGCUUGUACAUCGACCGCGGUUUGAUGACCCAUGGUGAGAUGACAUUCCGAAACUUGACCGGUCGCAACACGAACCAGAAGGGUUGGCUUGACGUGAUCAUAGAGAAAAAGGCCGUGCUUGCUUGGCUACAAGGCCCCUUUGUGGAGAAGCUUGAGCUGGCUGAGUCAGAGAAGGUUCUUAUUCGCAGCAUCACGUCGGCUGAAACAGCUGAGAGGUUCUUUGCCACUGAUCAGGGCUGGAAAGCUGCCUGCCGAGCAGAGGCAGUGAGUUUGCUCGACUUCAUCUGGAAGGUGGUGUUUGGUGCCAAACACGAUGGUCAGUUGAAGAACUUGCUGAAGCAAAGCCGGACACCGGAGGAGUUGAUGGGAGUGGCUCCAUUUGCGGAUGACAUCCAGGCCAUCAAGGAUGAAGCCGAGCAGAAGAAAGAGGAGGAGGCGACACCAAGGGCGGCUGUAACAGCCGGCGUGCAUCCUGACGGAGAUGCAGACGACGGUGGCUACACUGAGCUCGUGCACAACAUGUGCACGGCGGAGGACAUCGAGAAGGACAAGGACAACGCGUUGAGCGCUUGGAUGGAAAAGGCUGACAACUUGGUCCGGAAAUUCAUUCACCUGACAGUCGACUGUAACAGUCAGACGGAGAUUUCAGAAGCUUUGAAAAACAUGGCUGUUGUGAAGAUGAUGGGGCAGGACAACAAGCGUAUCGGCGUGUUCUACGCAUGUCAACAUGCAGGUGAAAGCGACAGCAUGCCACAUUGUCGGAUCCCCGCAUUCAGGCUUGAUCAUCUGCAGAAGACGAUCGGCGGCACUAUCAAGGCCGCCGGCUUGGAUGCCUUGCCGCCAGGCGCUGUGUAUUUCAUCUUGAAUGGCGGCAGCUUCGGCAACAACGAUGCCUUCGGGAAGGCUUUCCUGGACGUCAACAACAAGGCUAUGGCCAAGAAUAAAGACCUUGUUUACCUGGCGCUGCAGGAGGAAUCGCUGCAAAAGCGACGGCUGCGCAAGAGAGGCGGUCUCAACUUGAUGCAAGGGGUCGUCAUCUUCACCCCGCCGAGUAUGGAGCUCAUCCAGGGCAGCAGCCACACAGCGGAGAGGCUGCACUUCACAAGCACCACUCCGAACUCCAACAUCAUCAGCGGGAUCUCGGUCGAAAGCUACGAGGAUCUGUGGUUGCUCGAGCCUGCGGUGAAGAAGCGCAUCAUGAAGGAUGGACUGGUCAGGGCCGGCGGGAGCUGCCCUGAGCACCUCAGGGAGGACAAACCGGAGAUCUCCGGCAAGGGCUCGAAGGUACCGCUCAGCUGGCACUCGUUGCCGCACCAGCUGUGGGAAGAAUUUUUUCAUUCCUACGAGCUGGAUGGCGGUGUUUUCCUAACACUUCUUGAUGACCAGCCGGCUGUAGCAGCCAUAAGGUGUCAGAAGCAGGCCGUGGGAUUGACCUUGAACUCGGCUCAUAUGGAGAUGAUGUAUGCUCGCCUGGCCGGCGUUGUCUUCCAAGCUUUCCGCGAUCCAAGUGAUGAUCUCUACGAGCCCGCUCUUGGGAAGCUGCUCGGAGUAAAGCCGAAGUCCAAGAAGACCACGGUGGAAGAGGAGGAGGACGACGAUGAGGAAGAUUUGGAAGAGCCGGAAGAAGAUGAAGCAGACGACGAUGAGGGGGACCUUGAGGAGGACGAAGGUCUGGGAACAGAGAGCUUCGCAUUGAAGGAUUUGGGCAUUGAUCACCGGCUCAUCCUGUGCGCGGAAAAGGAGCCGCAUUUACGGAAGUUCUUGAAGGAUCACCACCAGCCGAAAGUUUUGGUGAAGGACGUGCGAGAUUCUAGCUUCAUGGAGCAUGGAUCCGGCGCUCAGCUAUUGGUGGCAGGCUUCCCCUGCCAGCCGUUCUCGAGGCAAGGCUCGAAUCGCGGUGUGCGCGACCCGCGAGGUGACAUUGCUUCGCAUCUUUUGAAAUGGGUAGAUGCCCAUCGGCCGGACUCGUUUGUGCUUGAGAACGUGACCAACUUGAUGAAGCAUAAGAAGACCUUUAAGCGCAUCCUCAGGGACCUCAAAGCCAUUCCAAGCCGGAAGACUACAAUGACAGGCAAGAGAAAGCAUGUCGGCUGCAACAGCCGGGAGUCCAGCGGGAAGCAUGGUGGCAAAAAAGAUGGACGAGUAGACUAUGUUAUGUUACUCAGUGCAUUUCUUCGGGAUCAAGCAACAAACCGGCCUCGCCUCUUCAUCGUGGGCAUCGCAAAGUCCAAGCUGAAGCGGAAGUUUCACUUCCCAAAGCCAGGUACCUGCACCAGCUUGAAGAGCAGUCUGAGUACCAGCAAGACGGCUGCAACAGCCUCUGGCAAGUUGUCGGCCACAGGACAGCGCAACCUGGCCGUGGCAGAAGCAAAGUGGAAGAAGAAGGGCUUGGACAUGUGGUCCAAGUACAUCGCUGUGGACAUUGCCGCUUCCCCUUCGAGACCCAACAGCAUGAACAACAAUUGCUUGCCCUGCCUAACUUCGUGCCGAGCUUCAUGGGGCCCUCCUUUCAUCACGAAGCUGGGACGCCAGCUGAGUACGAAUGAGCUCUUGCGAGCGCAAGGCUUCGACCCCAAGAUUGUCGGCUGCAACAGCCAUCUGUCCAAGCGGCAGCUUGGGGCUGCAAUCGGAAAUGCAAUCACUUUGCCCGUCCUGAAGCAGAUCCUGGCUAAGAUUUUCCAGGCGAUGUCGUAG